GAAAUUGGGGUGUACCAAAACAAUUAGCCAUAUUUAAAUGGUCAAAUAAUGAUCAAGAAGUAAAUAUUUAUCUACCAAAUCAAACUGAACCAUUUUGUUCAUUAAAAUUUCGAAAACGUUUUUAUUGUAUACCAUUUAUUAAUAUGCUUAUACCAUUGAGUUUUCGUACAAUUUUACAACGUCCAUUAGAUGGUUCCUAUUCUGAUGAAAAUUAUUUACGUACACAAUUAUCUGUACGUGGUUGGUUUCGUCCCAUUAUUGAACUAUUAGAAUUUCGUACAGAUGGUAUUGAAAUUCCAUCACAUAAAAAUUUACCCGUAUUUAAUUAU